AUGGCACUCUCCGCACCUAGCACAGAUCCCAACAUCCUCAUCGCGGAGGAGACGAGCCCUGCUCAAAUCUUUCAAGGAUUCACCUCCGAAACCGCUUGGACUUUAGGAAAUGCGCUCCGCACUCGCAUUCUUUCACUGCCCGAAGGCCAACGCAAGCCUUCCCUGAUCUCAAUCGCGUUAGCAACUGCCACAAGCGGCGGAACGCCACUGCACACCGUCUUCCAGUGCUCAACUGAACGUGGUACCAUCCCAGACAACGAGAAUUGGGUACGUCGCAAGCGUAACACUGUCCUGCGAUGGGGCGUGUCAAGCUUUGCACUACGUCAGAAGAUCACUUCGGGACUUGGCGCGUCGGCUUCAGCGAACGACGUGGAAAGUGCUUUUGUGAAGAAGUUUGCGCUUGUUAGUUCGAGCGGUGGUGCAGUUGCAGACGAGUAUGCCAUUCAUGGUGGUGGAUACCCCAUUCGAGUCCGGGGUGUUGAGGGGAUCGUUGCUGUUGUCGUCGUCAGUGGACUGAAGCAGGAGGAUGAUCAUCAGGUUGUCGCGGAGACUAUUCGCGAGAUUGUUGCCCAGGGAAAUUGA